ACUCCAGAGCAGAGGAGCAGUGUGCCUGAAGCCCCUUCAGCACAGGCUCUUCAGCCAUUUUGCUCAGCCCCGGUGCGUUUUUCUUUUCAUUUCACUCUCUUCAGUUCGGACAGAGAGGGAACUCCUUGACGCAGCAUGGUGUCCCUCGGUUCAGCGGCUCAGCUCUGCAGAGUGCUCCUGCCUCUGCACGUUGUUUUCCUCAGCGUGUGGCUGGUGGAGAGCAGUGCCUCAAAUGGAGACAUAAAAGAAUGCAUCAGAUCCAAUGGUGUUGAGUACAGAGGUGAGCAGCUGAGCUCCUCCUCAGGUCUGACCUGUCUCAACUGGACCAGCACCAACAGAGACUAUGAUGUUCAGGUCCAUCCGGAUUCACUCACAGGUGUUGGAGAUCACAAUUACUGCAGAAACCCGGACUCCUCUCCGAGGCCCUGGUGCUACAUCGUGAGCCCAGACGGGACAAUCCAGAGACAGUCUUGUGCAAUUGAGACCUGCAAAGAACAAAACUCCACUGAGCCAGCAGAGGCCGAAUCUCUCGACCCGACAGGAAGCGCUCCCCCCACAGAGGGCUUUCAGCCGGCCAAGUCAGGAGCUUCUCAGGGAGAAGUCGCUGCUGUGAAGCCAGUGAUUGGAAUCAGCCAGCGAGUGCACACAGCACCCAAAAAGAAAAAGGACCUUGGCACAACGGGCUACGUCCUCGGCAUACUCAUGAUGGCGGUUAUAAUCCUCCUUGGAGCAGGCAUCACAGUUGGCUACUUCUAUAAGAGGGGUCGCGACAUAAAGAAACAGCAUGACCAGCGGGUGUAUGAGCGCGAGAUGCAGAGGAUCAACCUGCCUCUGGCAGCGUUCUCAAAUCCCACCUGUGAGCUGAUAGACGAGAACACCAUCGUGAUCACAGCCGAGCAAGAGACCACCCCGGUCCAGGAGGGUUUGGAGGGCAUGGAGGGCGGGGACCCCCUCAUGGGCCAGCAAAACGGAACCCCUGGAGCCUGAGGAGGGGUGUAAUCAUCAAACGGGACGGUGAUAUGUAAUUUUGGACCAAAACACUCCCAUCUCCAAGUUUCUCCUUUUCUGCCUCCCUGAGUAACUUCUGCUUCUUAAAAAAGGAGAAAGGGAGCAGACUUUGCUCCAAAGACUUUAAACUGAAUGCUGUGUCCUUUUCCCUUUGGGUUUUACUCAAGAGAAGCUGACACACAAUGGACACUAUUUUAACAACUAGGAGCCAUCAGGGUCAAUCUGUUGUUAAUGAAAAGGUCUUUAAUAUUCAUAUUUGGUACAUUUGAUGGCCAAGAAGAGAAGGUCAUGGACUGCCCCCUUAAACAACAGUAUGAACAUUGAGAAUAAUAUGUAGUCCAAUGGACGUUGAUGAGUGUUACUAAUGGUGUAUAAGGUUUUGAUUCCACUUGGAGAUUAUGCUCUCCGAGGUAGGCGUGGUUACAUGGGAAAUAUGAGGUGGAUUACCAUACGUGUUGACCCACUGGCUGUGUUGGCGAAAUGUGUUAAGACUGGUUUGUUUUGGGGACACCCUGGUGACAAGUAUCCAAAAAUACUCCUCGUCUGAGCACGAUGAGGGAUCAUGAGGUAAAACAGGCCGGACAGGGGAAGGCCUUCAGCUCAAAUUGCCUUAGCAUGAUACUUCUGAAUGUAUUGGCCUAUCUUUGCCCUGGUUAUUGUUUUUUUUCUGUUUUUGUAUUUGACUGACAGGCCAAUGCUGUUAUAAAGCAUGACAGCAGUCAUUGGCAGACAUGAAAGAGGACUUGCCCUUUUCUUCCACAGGUUAGGGAGUGACAGGAAACACAGAGUGCUCUCAGGAAGCAUGAGAGACCGUAGUGAGUCUGAAGGACAAAAUAGCACUGCCAAAAACGCAGAAUAGACGCAAUCAGACAAGGAAAAAGCCUAAAAUACUGUCUUUGCAGAGCCGGACUGUGCACGUGUGUGUGUGCAUGUUUGUAUGUUUGUAUGAGCGAGUGUGUGUUGAAGUUCUGAAGAAUCCUGACAUUUGAGUUAUGCACUUGAUGCUUCAGGGUAGAGACGGGGAUUGGGUAGAUAAGAAAAAGUCCAAAGUUCGGUGAUGUUCAUUGAGAAAAGUUGAAUGCAUGUCCAUGUUUACCUGCAUGUUUGUUAUCGGGAACCUCUUUUCUUGAAAAGUAGAGCAACUCUUUUUCAACAUUUUUAGAGCCAACCUGCCUGAAAACAUAAAUCAUUGUAUGUUUGUUGAUGCACCAGAUACACUGUUACUCCCCAGGUUGUUUUAUCACUCCUGAUGAUCUUUGCUGUGUGAUUAUUGCUGGAACUCCAUCAUCACUGUUUAUCUUUGGUUACUGCUACCACAUUUUGUUCACUGUCUGUGAGCUGGCUGAUGUUAUUUUUCUUCUUCAUACAUGCAAUGGCUCACAAUGCAGCGUUUGGAUUUAGUACUUGUAUUUGUAUGGAUGCAGAAUCUCACUGCCGAGACUGAAAUAAAACAUGAAACACA